CCUCUUUGGCACCAAGUUAAUCUCCCCACGGGGAGUAAAAGGAAUGCCCGUGUCGCCAAUGCGCACGUCCAAGGAGUGUUCAAGGCAUCAGGGGUCAAUAGCCUUGCAUCUUAACAGCGGAGCCGUGGCGCUAUCCUUGGCCCUCAUGGCACACCGUCCAGGCCAGUCUGACCAGCGCCCCCCAGCCAAGGAUAUCCUCGUAAGAGACACUAGCAUAGCUUUCCUCUUCAGUGAUCUCCCCUUUCGGCCUUGGAAAAUGUAUUGUGCGAACGAACCAGCCAAGAAAGUAAGAUCUCCCUAGACCCAAUCGUCAAUCG